UGACAACUGACCAGUGCUCUGUUGUUCAGUACAAAUUGAAGGAAACCACAUCGGCAAUAAAUUACAGACAGAUAAUCAAUAAUUUGACCUAAAAAUUCUCAAACCAUUCCCGAGACCAAACGAUAUUUGUGACAGGCGAAUGCGGGGGAACUUCGGGUGUGUGGAGGUUUAUUUUCAAGUAAACCAUGCUAGCAGUGCUAGCUAACUAGCCAGCGGCUCGUCGCCUCCUCUUCAUGGGUUUCUGCUGUUGAGUCUGCCAGGCUUGUGCUAGAGCCAGCUAGGCUAUCAAAUUAAUGCCAUCAGCCAGGAACUCAGGUCAUAUUAUGAGUGGGGCGAGUUGCAAAGCUAACGGCGCUGUGUACCCUGCCUCAUCAGCAAUGAUGAACUCUGUAAAGAAGCCGAAGAUGGAGCAGAUUCAGGCCGACCAUGAGCUGUUCCUACAGGCCUUUGAAAAACCAACUCAGAUAUACAGAUUUCUUCGCACUAGGAACUUGAUUGCACCCAUAUUUUUGCACAGGACGCUCACCUUCAUGUCUCACAGAAAUGGUCGAUCAAAUGCCAAGAGGAAAGCAUUCAAAGUGGACGAUAUGUUGCAGACAGUGGAGAAGAUGAAGGGAGAGCAGGAUUCUCCAAGCUUGUCUUCCCAUCUACAGUUAACAUUCACUGGGUUCUUCCAUAAGGAUGAAAAGCCAUCUCAGAAUUCAGAAAAUGAACAAAAUUCCGUGUCUUUAGAGGUGCUACUUGUCAAAGUCUGCCAUAAAAAACGCAAGGAUGUCAGUUGCCCGGUAAAGCAAGUGCCUACAGGUAAAAAGCAGGUGCCUUUGAAUCCUGACAGUAACCAAACCAAGCCUGGCUCCUACCCUUCCUUACUGGUCUCCAGCAACGAGUUUGAGCCCAGCAACAGCCACAUGGUGAAGUCAUAUUCGCUUCUGUUCAGGGUGUCACGCACAGGGAGAAGGGAUACCAAUGGUCUGGUCAAUGGAGAGGCCAACGAGAACAUUGAUGUAACAGAUACUCCCAGCAGAAAGAAGAGAAGCUUAUCCCAUAGGGAGGAGGGAGAAACCACAGAGACCUAUGUUGCACAGAUGACUGUCUUUGAUAAGAACAGAAGGCUGCAGCUGCUGGAUGGGGAGUAUGAGGUGUCGAUGCAGGGGAUGGAAGACAGCCCUGUGAGCAAGAAGCGAGCCACGUGGGAGACCAUUCUUGACGGAAAGAGACUGCCACCAUUUGAGACAUUUUCUCAGGGACCCACAUUGCAGUUCACACUGCGUUGGACAGGUGAUGCCAGUGGAAAAUCCACUGCCCCUGUAGCCAAACCUCUUGCUACACGCAACUCAGACAGCUCCAGCCCAAUGGAGACCAGAACCAGCAACCACCGAACUGCCCUCAUGACAGUGAAAGAGUCAGUCAGCACAGACAUUCAGACGAGGAAAGAGCAGGUCCCAUGUGAGCCGCGACAGAAGCUACGUAUAUUUUAUCAGUUUCUGUACAAUAAUAACACGCGGCAGCAGACGGAGGCGAGAGAUGAUCUUCACUGUCCCUGGUGUACUCUGAACUGCAGCAAACUGUACAGCCUGCUCAAACACCUCAAACUCUCCCACUCCCGCUUCAUCUUCAACUAUGUGCCUCACCCCAAAGGAGCAAGGAUAGAUGUGUCCAUCAAUGAGUGCUAUGAUGGCUCAUACGUUGGUAACCCUCAGGACAUCCACAGCCAGCCAGGCUUUGCUUUCAGCCGCAACGGCCCGGUCAAGAGGACCGCUGUCACUCACAUAUUGGUUUGCAGGCCUAAAAGGACCAAACCGAGUCUGUCAGAGUUUCUGGAGUCUGACGAUGGAGAGUUGGAGCAGCAGAGGACUUACGUCAGCGGACACAACCGCCUGUACUUCCACAGUGAUAGCUGCAUGCCCCUGCGGCCUCAGGAGAUGGAGGUCGAUAGUGAAGAUGAGAGAGAUCCGGAGUGGCUCAGAGAGAAGACUGCCACGCAACUCGAUGAGUUCACAGACGUUAAUGAGGGAGAGAAGGAGGUGAUGAAGCUGUGGAACCUCCAUGUCAUGAAGCACGGCUUCAUAGCAGACAACCAGAUGAAUCAGGCCAUUAUGCUUUUCGUGGAGAACCGCGGCGCUCACAUCAUUCGCCGCAACCUCUGCCGCAACUUCCUCUUGCACCUAGUCAGCAUGCAUGACUUCAACUUGGUGAGCACAGCAACCAUCGACCGUGCGAUGGCCCGACUGCGGCAGAUCCAAGAGGAGCUGCCGGACAUUGAGGAGGACCAGCAGGACCAGACUCUGGUAUCAGCAGCAGCCUGCAACGGCAAUGCUGUCACCUCCAGUGGGGGGAAGCAGGGCAAGAGGACAAAAAGCGCGCUAACAGACUGAUGUAAGGCUGGAUGGAGGGAACAAUGAUUGCCGAGUUCAUUUUGUUUUGGUUUUGUUUUUUUUUUCUUCUUCUUCAAUGAACAUUACCAACCCUUUGGUGCUAGGAUAGGUGGGAGAACCGGUCAGCAGAGGAUCUGACCUGACACAGACCAGUAUACACGGUAAACAAGUUUUUGGAACUUGAGAACUGAACCAAAUAUGAACAAUACAAAAGUGAACCACCCACUUCUACACAAACCAGGAAUUUGAGGACUGGAUGAUGUAAGUUGAACCUACUUAAUAUGCAUUUUGUAGGAGCCACUGAAGUGUCUGUCAUUCAGUGAGAGAGUGAACAAACUGAGAAUCUUCUGAUGUGGCAUGACUGCCUUUGGUAUGUCCUUGAAAUAAGACAACUGUAUCGAGACUACAGUUAAAACUGUACUGGCAACAAUGUCACUCUGGAUUAUUUGUACGCAUACACAGUAACCUUGUUAAAAUCUUUAUCUUUUAGCUGAUUAUUUUAGCACUUGGUGUUUGUAUUUAGAAAGCUUGCCUUGAAAUUGUCAUUUUAAAAGGAAAAAUCCAGCUGCGCCAAAUACUAAGUGCAGCUUUUCCACUGUCAUCAGUGGGGAGAUUUUGGUGGGUUGGAUCUCACUGAUGUAAAAGACAUUUAAUUUGAAGGGCAGUACAGCUAAGUACAAAAUUACAUUUGGCAUUAAUGUCUAGAGUAUAUGAAGCGUGUAAAACUUGUGUUAGGACCCCAGAAUGGGUAGUGGGUUUUGCUGGUAGGUUGUCUUGACAGUAGUGUUAUACUGUAAGCAUGGAUCCUGGACAAGAGGAUGAAUUCAGAUUUAGGUCCAGGCUAAAACUCCUACUUCAUCACCCCUAAGCCUUUUGGCCUGCAUUGAUAAUAGCUCAAGGAAAGCCAGGGAAAUCAAUUUUUUCUGAGUAUUUAGUUUUUCAACAACCAGCAACACAUUACUCCGCUGUGAGUGCAUAGCAUCAAAAAAAAUGAAGUUGCCCUUUUUUGAUGCUGGCACUUGCAGUUUCUUUUCACUUCAAGGUCUGAAAAUAUUGGAGACACAACGUUUGACAUGUUGUUUUUUCUAAACAUGAGUUAUGAGUAUCGGUAGCUGACAGACGUGUAUAAAUGUAAUCACAUCAAAUGUUUAGCUGUGCCCCACUCUGAAUCUAGGAAUCAACAGAUUGCGGUUCUUCUCUCAAAGCAAUAUGCUUUUUAUUGGAUGGUUGGUUUUCAGGUUCACAUCAGUUGUCUGCUCUGUUAGGUACAGUUUAUGCCAAAGGGGAAUAUUUUCAUCAGUCUCUUAGUUCUGUAUAUUUCUUUUAGUAUGAUUUCUUUUGUUCAUUCCAUAACAAGUUUUUUUUUUAAAGCAGUAGUUGUGUUUUAUAGUGUGCACAUAAAUUGGUGACCCUCACCGAUCAUUAUUUCAUCAGACUUCCCUUGUGGACAACCAAAUUAACAAUAUAUUUUUCCUCUCUUCACUCAUCAUGGAGGGUUUGUGUGUUUGUUUGGAAAAGAGAGACACAUUCACCAUUAUUGUCAAAACAUCCUGUUGAAAAUUGUGAACUAUACACUCUGGCUAAGGGGAUUUUUAUAUUUAAAGAAAUAAAGUACAUUUGACCUUA